GCCUGCCACGCCUGCGUGCCCCAGAGGGACUUUCGAAAAACUCUCGAUGCAGGAAAGCGGGUCAUCAUGCAAGCUCCCACUGCUACCAGUGGUGCUACUGCAGGGCGUUGCUGCAAGCCGAGGUGAGUCAUUCAGUCACCGCCAUCCACUCGUUUCCAGCCUCCUCGAGUGAAGAGCGACACCGACGGCCUACCCCUCGACGAGGGUAACCCAGACAGGGGUCAAGAGGUACUUGCGGCGCGGGAUGCAUGGGAAUUCGAGGCCGCUGGCGAGGGGGACUGUGGGAAUCGGAUCAACAACCAGUCUACACACACUAUAGUCCUAUGUACAGCACAGAUGAGGGGGCAAACAAUCCAAUCCGCCUGGGUUGAGCCAUUUCGGAUGCCCAAGUGGGUAUUAUAGACCAUCCACCCUAUCGCCCACCUGGAUGAUCCAAUUGCCCUCACUUGGAAUCAACCUUGCUCCGUCGUCCAUCUCGAAUUGCCUCUUGAACCCUUUUUGUGCGCUCACCGCCAGGUCGCCUCGUCCACCAGCAACCGCCUCACUAGUCCACACACUACUGCUCCCUCAACGAACUCUCUAUCGAGAUCACUAAAGCCCAUCCCACGCUCUACACCUGUUUGCCAUCAUCGGUCCAGUGCAUAUUCUCACAAUCACAUUAUCAUCAACCUUAAGAACAAAGGGUCGACCUACUACUAGUGCGAACUGCUGCGAACCGUUCGCGCCCACGGGAAGCGAAUAGCUUCAGUGGGACGACGAACGAAUCCCACCUCGAGCUCCUAACCUGCGGAUCGAGACCAUUAGCUGCCUCGUGGUUCUCGUGCAACUCUUCUCUGUUCAUGGCUGCCUUAGCUGCCCGCCAAUGUCUUCAUUUUAGUUGAAAUAUCUUAAUCGCGAUUUCAUUUUCGCCCUCUGAAGCUGGCUCGGGCGAAUCAAACACAUAGAACACCACCGGCGAACAUAUCCUUCCACGCGACUUGCACCAGACCGCCGACACCCGACAGGAUUCUUUUCCCACGACUGACCAAGAAUCUACGAGGACGCGUGCACACAAAACCCCAAUUAGGAACUUGGGGAGAGAGAUGCAAACACAAUGGCAUCUGAAAAUCACCCCUUCUACAGCAUCUGGGCGUCUGAGUCGGUCCGUGAGCGCUUGUUUGCGCACCUGAGCAAGUCGGAUAUCUGCUCGGUCCGGCUGGCCAAUUCGGCCUGUUGCAACCUGGUGACGCGCCGACUCUUCCAGCGCGUACACCUCACUUUCACGCCCAACAGCUUCACCAAGCAGUCCCGGAUACAGGCCUUGGGGAGGAUAGGACACCACAUAGAACACAUCAUUUUCUACCUCCCGCACUCGGAGACCACAUUCCUUCCGCCACUUAUUCACCCACAAACGGGGUCUGAGAUCUCGUACCUCUACACGCCGCACACUUCCAUGACCAGCACGCUCACCAGGCCAAAGUAUGGCAAUUCGGAGUUGGGAGACAUUCUUACCCAGCAAUACCCGCCCCUUUUCCAUGCGUCGACGAAUGUGCCCAGUUUCAUCCACGCGAUGAAGAACCUCCCGAACCUCAGGCAUCUGACCAUCAAAACACCCGGACAGGAUCCCAGGGAGCGCUACAGGAGGGACAUCGUCGACUAUGCCCUAAUCAGCCUGAGGAUAGCCAUCGAGCGCACACCACAACUGACGAGAUUAUCGAAGCUCUCAUUGUCCGGUGUACACCCGGCCGCAUUUUUGUACCUCAAGUCUGAAGGCGGCCCCGGCUUCGGCUGCUCCCCACGCGGGGCCAAGCGGUGGCGCCAAAUCAAAAAGCUCAGUGUCUCGGUAGAGGCGUGGGAUUUCUAUGGCCCCAGCGGUCCGGGUCUGGACCAACUCAAGAUCAUUGACGACUACCUGCGCAAUUUCUCCGACUGCGUUGAGAAGCUUUCUUUCACUUGGACCGGCGGGAAGGGGCCGUGCCCCCUGGCACUUGCGGAGGAUGCGCUCUUUGACCCGCCAAGAGAGUGCAAGAAGCUCUUCAACGAGGUCACGAGCCCCAUGAGCCCCCUGCCCGCCACCCCCGGUGUCAGGCAGCCUAUGCGCUUCACUCGCCUGAAGCACAUGCAGGUCAGAAACGCAUCCAUGAGCGAGUGCCAAUUGAGGAGGCUUGUUGAAGGCCACAAGGCGACGGUCAAGGAGUUUGACUUUGAGAAUGUGGUGCUUCUAAACGGUGGUAACUGGGAUGAGGCACUUGCGCCUCUGAUGGCGCCUGCUGAGAAGAGCGGAAGGGCGCGCAGCGACACCUGGUCGAGAUACUCUGUCGGCAUGGAAAGCAACGAUAACAUGCCACCUCCUAGCCCUGUCGAGAGCGUCAGGACAGUGGGCCCCAUGACUCCCGCUACACCACGGAGUCCAAGAACCCCGAGGACGCCAAGAGGUAGUGUUGCUCAGGACGACGACGUCGCUGUCCGUCACCCCAGCGCUGCCGUGGAAGCCGUGGGCAGGGACCUCCUCGAGGAAAUUGACGACGAGAUGGACAUGUAUGUGGGUCUCAGCCGCCAACCUUCCAAGGCGGAGGUCUGCUACUUUGACAACAAGGAGGAGAUCAUCGUUGAGCUGGAUGAGGACCUCAGCGAAGAGCUGAGCCUUCGGAGAACAAUGACGGCCAGCGAUGAGCAUUACCGCCCCGCCACGGCUAGUGAUGAGCAUUACCGCCCCGCCACGGCUAGUGAUGAGCCCAACCGACUCGCCACGGCCACCACAAGCCAGGCCAGCCUCAGCACCCUCGACGGCGAGGAAUCGUUUAGCGGCAAGCUGCGAAAGAAGCGCGUGCGCCGGAGAGAGCGCAAGCCCUGGCACCCCAAGCGUGAGGAGGGCGAGCAGUCAGAGGACGAUGACAAUCAUGGCUACUAUCCUCCUCGCUCAAACGAGAAUCUGAAGGAGAAGAACUCGCUCGCCAGCUUCUUCCACCAUCAGCGAUCCGGCUCGUCAUCACAUUCGAACAAGAGCAGGAACGUGCUCCGUCGCGCGCGCCAGUCCUCGGAUCCGGGGCCGUACUCGUCCUGCCAGAUCAUGGACCCCAACACUUACGAGAUCCAGCUGCCGGAGGUGCUUGGCUCCGACGACGAUACGCUGACUCUGAAGUCGAGCAAUGCGAGCCAGAGCCAGACGACGCUAAAGUCGAGCAACCCCAGCAUGAGUCAGAUCACUCUCAAGUCAAGCAAUGCCAGCCAGAGCCAGAUCCGACUGGUCAGGGCGCCAUCGCACCCCCUGCCCCCUGUGCCGCUCAACAUCUCAGCGCCGAUGCCAGCGGAACAGCUCCCUGUCCUGCUGCAGCCAGCGGUAUACAACCCACAGGCGUCGACGACGUCGAUCCCUAUGCCGUCGGGCUCGCGGGGCAGCGGCGACAGCAGCAACUCGGUCAGCGCGCCACUGAUGCACACCCACGGGCAGGGCCACAACGUCAAUGACGGCCUGUCGGCGGUGCAGCGGAACCUGGAGCAGGAGGAGAUGCAGCUGCGGUUCGCCGAGGACGCCGAGGCGCGGGCCAGCGCACUGCAGAAGGCGCGCGACGCGGUGCUGCGCAAGCUGGGAAAGCUGAACGCGGCCAACGCCAUGAACAAGAUUGACGAAGGCCCGCGGCUGGAACAGCACCCGGCGCUGGUGCGGACAAACAGCGGUGGGACCAUGCAGGAGCAACCCCCCAGCGGCCCGCCAGACAACGGGAGCAAGACGCACCUGCGAAUCCGGGAGCUGCUCGGCGCUGGCACGAGGCAGAACAGCGCCGAGACGUACAAGACCAUCGAGUCCAGCAGCUCGUUGCUGGUGCCGCUCGUUUUUAGUGGGAACUGAGA